CUUCCGCUCUAAACACGAUUCUCGCAUUUGGUAGUUUCUUUUCCGGUUUGCCAAAAUGGGUAUCGAUAUUAAUCAUAAACAUGAUAGGAAGGUGCGGCGAACGGAGCCCAAGUCGCAAGACGUAUAUUUACGUCUUCUCGUCAAGCUCUAUCGGUUCCUGGCAAGAAGGACAAAUUCCAAAUUCAAUCAAAUUAUUUUGAGAAGACUCUUUAUGAGUAAAAUUAAUCGACCACCUAUCUCACUUGCACGUAUUGUGCGAUUCAUGAAGAAACCUGGACGGGAGAACUGUGUCGCUGUAAUUGUUGGUAGUGUCACUGACGAUGCAAGGAUUUUUGAAAUUCCAAAGUUGACGGUAUGCGCUUUACGUGUAACCGAAAGAGCUCGAGCACGAAUCUUGAAAGCCGGCGGUGAAAUCAUUACGUUUGAUCAGCUGGCAUUACGCGCACCAACCGGCAAACGCACAGUUUUGAUGCAAGGACCACGCAAGGCUCGCGAGAGCGUGAAGCACUUCGGUCCAGCACCAGGUGUACCGCACUCUCACUCGAAACCGUACGUGCGGUCUAAGGGCCGGAAAUUCGAGAGGGCAAGAGGCCGUAGGCGCAGCUGUGGUUAUAAGAAAUAAGUUUUAUAACAAAUACACUUCAGUGGUCGUUCUGUCAUUCGCAAUCAUAUUCCCACACAAUUGAUUGGCUUGGAAAUAAAUGUUGGAACAACUACUUAACAACUA